AUGCAAUCGCGAUGGUGGGACUUUGGCGGAGACACCAUCAUCCGCACCGACAAGUACGUCCGCCUCGCCUCAGACAAAGCCUCGCGCGACGGCUGGAUCUUCUCACGAGUCCCGUUGACCGCGACAAACUGGGAGAUUGUCUUCGAAUUCAAGAUCCAUGGCCAGGGUAAUCUCUAUGGCGAUGGCUUCGCCAUGUGGCUCACCAAGCAGCGCGCGCAACCCGGCAAUGUCUUUGGCCACACGGACAAGUUCGAGGGCCUCGGCCUCUUCUUCGACACGUACAAGAACAACCGUCCAGGCACCGUCUUUCCCUACAUCAUGGCGAUGAAUGGCGACGGACAGACUGCCUAUGAUAAGGACAACGACGGCAAGUCCAACGAAGUCGCCGGAUGUUCUGCCCGAGGCAUCCGCAACGCCCAAGUCCCCACCAUCGCCAAACUCACCUACUUCCAAGACGAAUACCUCAAGCUCGAGCUCCAGUACAAAUCCGUCGACGAAUGGACCACCUGCUUCGACAUCCCCAACUUCAAAGUCCCGCCCGUCGCAUACCUGGGCUUCUCCGCUGAGACCGGCGAACUGUCAGACAACCACGACAUCAUCACCGUCAAGUCGCACAACCUAUACAGGAAGAACCCCGGUGCGAAUUCCGGCGUCAAUCCCAACACGGGCAAGAAGACGGCCAGCAGCAUGACACGGGAGCGCGAGAGCAGCGGUAGCUGGACGUGGUUCUUGGUCAAGUUUGUGCUGUUUGGACUCGCGCUGACGGGCGCGUAUGUCGGGUACACAGUCUACCGCACCAAGCAGAGAGAUCGAUUCUAG